CCCGGACGACCUACAUUACGCUAUUGAAUUGAACGCUAUACAGGGAUUCUCCUCUUAGGACGCGCCAUAAAUCUCCGCUGCCCUUGUGAAUCGGUACCCCUCAAGCAUCGGUGAAUGCCGGGACAAUGGACAAUUGGACGUCAGCAAUCCAAUCAGGUGUGGAAGCAAUCCAAUCUAGCCUGGAAGCAAUCCAAUCUAGCCUCGAAGCACAAUCUAGCCUCGAAGCGAUCCAAUCUAGCCUCAAAGCAAUCCAAUGUACGCUCAACGACUUACGACAGCUUAUCGUACAAGGUGGACAGUCACAGGGUGCAAUGACUCCCCAGCAGUCGUAUGGACAUCUCGAUCAUCAGCAUGGUAGGGAUCCACAUUAUCAGCAUGGUUGGCCCCCGGUUUCCGAUAUGCACCAAGCAACACUGCCUCCACACCAACCGAUUCUAUCUAUGCCCACAUCAUAUCCCAGGCAAGGAGAAACUGAAGAGGCUGGUAGUUCUUCAUCUAUCCAACAUGAACCCGCACAAUCGUCCAAGCAAAUGAGAUUUCCUCUUCGACCAGGUCUUGGAGAGAUGGGUAUAAGGUGCAUAGUAAAGGCCAAUCACUUCUUUGCUGAGCUACCUGAUAAGGACUUGCACCAGUAUGAUGUUUCAAUCACCCCUGAAGUUGCUUCCCGGGGUGUUAAUCGUGCUGUGAUGGAUCAGUUAGUCGAACUCCAUAGGUGUUCUUGUCUAGGAAUGAGGCUUCCAGCUUAUGAUGGAAGAAAGAGCUUGUACAGUGCCGGGGAACUCCCUUUUGAUUCUAAAGAGUUCAAGAUCAUCCUAGUUGAUAAAGAUGACCGAUCAGGUGGUGCCAGGGGAGAGAAGGAAUUUAAAGUUGUCAUAAAACUUGCAUCUCAACCUUAUCUUCACCAGGCUGAUGCACCUCAGGAAGCACUUCAAGUUCUAGAUGUUGUGUUACGGGAACUGCCCACAUCUAGAUACUCUCCAGUUGGCCGUUCUUUUUAUGCCCCUACUAAAGUUAGGAAACAGCCAUUAAGUGAAGGUCUAGAAAUCUGGCGGGUUUUUCAUCAGAGGAUUCGCCCGACCCAGAUGGGAUUAUCUCUGAAUAUAGAUAUGUCAUCAACUGCUUUUAUUAAGCCACUAUCUGUCAUUGGUUUUGUUAGUCAGCUUCUGAAUUGGACUGGUGUGCCUAGUGCUUUGUCUGAUUCAGACAGAGUGAAGAUCAAGAAAGCCCUAAUGGGCGUGAUGGAGGGGCUAAAACAUCAUGGCAAUAUGCGGAGAAAGUAUCGGAUCUCUGGUUUGACAUCACAAGAUACGAGAGAGUUGACUUUUCCCGUUGAUGAGCUGGGAACAACAAAGUCUGUGAUUCAGUACUUCCGUGAAAAAUAUGGUGUUGACAUUGGACUUACUCACUGGCCAUGCCUACAAGUUGGGAAUCAACAAAGGGCAAAUUACCUGCCAAUGGAGGUCUGCCAAAUUGUUGAGGGACAACGAUAUUCGAAGCAGUUAAAUGAGAGACAGAUUACUGCACUCCUCAAAACAACACACAAACAGCCAAAAGAUAGAGAACAAGAAAUUCUUCAGGUUGUUGCUUCUCAGGAUUGGCCUGAAAUUUCUAAGUAUGUUGCUUCAGUUUCUGCUCAAGCGCACAGGCAAGAGCCGAUUCAAAACCUUCACCUUACGAGGCCACACCCUCAUACAGGGAAAAUUCAAUGUGCUGGCAUGAUUCGAACUUUGAUCAAGUCCUUCUGCGAAGCUAGUCGUACUCAGAAAAUGCCCGAGAGAAUUAUAUUCUACAGGGAUGGGGUUAGUGAAGGACAGAUUUACCAAGUACUUCACGCUGAGCUUGAUGCAAUUCGCAAGGAUCCAUAUUGGAACAAGCUUCUGUGGUAUUGUGUAGAGAAUGGCUCCUACAACGGUUGCUUUUUGCCUGUAAGGCAGGAAAGCGUUACUCAUGAAUCUGCUGGAUGGAGAAAUGAAGAGCGGAAUCAGCCAAAAAAUGUGGAGCCUAUUAAGCAAGAAUCAGAAUCUGGACAUAACUGGGAUGGUAUCACACCUCCUGCAUCUGGUAAUAACUUGGAAGAUAUCCCAUCACCUGCAUCUGGUAAUAAUUGGGAAGAUAUCCCAGUACCUGCAUCUGGUAAUAAUUGGAAUGAUAUCCCGCCAACCGAAUCUGGUAAUAAUUGGGAAGACCUCCCACCACCUGUUACUGAUGAAAAUGAAUGGUCCCACCAUGGCUGGAAUAACUGGGAUGUUAUCCCACCACCUGAAUCUGGUUAUUAUAAUUGGGAAGAUAUCCCAGCACCUGCAUCUGGUAAUAAUUGGAAUGAUAUCCCAGCACCUGCAUCUGGUAAUAAUUGGAAUGAUAUCCCAUCACCUGCAUUUGGUAAUUGGGAAGAUAUCCUUGCAUCUGGUAAUUGGGAAGAUAUCCCAGCACCUGCAUCUGGUAAUAAUUGGAAUGAUAUCCCGCCAACCGAAUCUGGUAAUAAUUGGGAAGACCUCCCACCACCUGUUACUGAUGAAAAUGAAUGGUCCCACCAUGGCGGGAAUAACUGUGAUGUUAUCCCACAACCUGAAUAUGAUUAUGGUGAUUGGGAAGACAUCCCAUGGCUGGUCGCACAAGAUGGUUGACAUUUCAGAAGAAUGAAGUCAGAAUGGAGGUGAUGAACAAAGUGAAGGAAAUGUAGUUCUUCUAAAUAACUUGUGUUUAACUUAGUUUAAUAUCAACUUCAAAUGGUUCUAUGAUUUUGUUGGCAAAAAACAUAUUUUGUUUCUGUUAAUGUUCCAUGGUGAAUAUGGUGGACAGGUGAUUCUAUGGUGAAACAUACACAUCACGUUUAUCAUUACUAGUACAUUACGUGCACUUUU